AUGAACGAAGAGCAAUACGAACCAACUCACACUGCCCAAGGUGCCGUAGGCGGCGGGUCCUCAACUGGAGCGCCAGGUCUUCCCACCGGGCUCCGCGACCAACGCUCCCACUACGAUACCACUAAAGGCGUCAACCCAUCCACAGGAGCCAGCUACUCCAAGUCUUCUGCUGGCGGACCAACCCAGAACCACCAACGGCCAUUGUCACCCUCGCCCGCACGAAGCGACGAUCGCAUCGUGGCCGAUGAACCGCUGCCGCAUACGGCUAGCACGGCGCAACGGGCGGAGAUCCAAGAUCAGUCCCGGGGCUCUCGGGCCGGAAAUGGAAUCGGCAAGGGGAUUUUAGGGGCUGCCGCCUCAGUUCAUGGGGCUGGGGAGUCGCUGCGUGGGGCCUUGAAUACGGCUGUCGAUCGGGCGUUUGGGUCUCAUGAGGGGGCGGAGCGGAAUCAACAGAUCGCCGACAAAGGGGCGGAGGAGAUUCGCUCGAAGCAGUUCUCGCACUCGAAUUAG